UUAUUUUUUUCCUUGGAAGAUCUGUCUGUCGAGCCCUGGUCGCAACUCGCGAGGAAUUACCUUUCGGCGGAUCGCGCGCAGUUCGCGUGAAGUUCUCGACAUGGCAUGGUGUGUUGGGGCUUCUUCUCGGUUAUUCGUCACACUCCGCAGUGAUCAGUUUCUGUGAUCGCCGAGAAUCCGGAAUGGCGAGCGAUUCUUGCGUUGUCUUGGAGGGCUCCAUGAAAUUCCGUGAUGGAAAGAAGUGGAAACCAAGAUGGGGAGUCCUCACAAAACUUUCCCCGGUUGCUGAUUGUCUUCAACUACUGCUGUACCGAGAUCAACGUGAGCGAUUAAAGGAAGGCCACACGAAAGCAUCUUUAUCGCUACAGAAUUACUACGGAUACGAGAGCGGAUUUAUUCUGGAUAAAGAAUGCAACACGAUGGCAUUGAUUAUCGAGGAAGGCGUGUUCGUGUUCGCUUUUGAUACCAGGGAGCGGCUGAUUCAGUGGCAGGCCAAAAUCACAUCUCAUCUAGGCGAAGCUGUGCAAUUUGAAGUUGAAGUCACGUCAGCUCCACCGAAAUCCAAAUGUGGAAUGGCUUUAGGCGAAAGCGCGCCUAGAACAAGCUGUACGCAACUUUCGGGCCACGUUACGAGUCAAAUUGGGAAUGGAAUUCCGGCCAUGUUACAUUUGGUCAACAUUCGGUUUUGCCUCACUUCGGCAGAUUCUCCGCCCCCGAAGUUGCUCCAUCGGUGGGAAAUCGCCAACCUCAGACGAUAUGGCGUUGUGGAUGGCCACUUCUGUUGGGAGGGUGGAAGUUCCUGUGGACAGAAAGGCAUGGGAAUUCACGUAGUCGCUACCGCGCAGCGGAAAGAAAUUGAAUCUGCAUUCAAAAUAGCCGCCGCUGGAAAUCUCAUCAAGCCAGGAAAACGAAGUCGAAGUCGGAACCCUGGUUGUAACAGGAGUCCGAAACCCGGAUGUCUGAGUCAUGGGGAAUCGAAACAUUCUCUAGUAUCCGGAUCUGUUUUGUCUGGAUCAAUAAUUGGCACUAGUCAAAGUCGUCGAACCUUGCAUUGCAGAUGUGGUACACCAUGGUCGUCAACAGAAUCCGGAAGUAGCGGGGAAUGCUCGCACUCCGUCAGUGCCAUGAGUCGGCCGGAUACACCAGAUUCGUCGAUGAUUUUGAACAAGAACAAGUUCAAUCCCCAGUUCGCUCAGCGGCAAAUGUCAACCACAAGCGUGGGUCCUACAACUCCAAAGAAAAUGCAUCCCCAUCUUCGACUGAGCAAGAAAGAUUCCUUCAGUCCUUCGUGGAAGAUGGAUGGGAUUUGUUCCGACGACAGCGGUCAUGUUCCGGGUUCAGACGGAACAUCAAGUCGAUCCAGGGACUCCGAGUACUGUGCCGGAUUCUCCUACCCGGGGAACUCGAACAGUUGUGCCUCUUCCGGCAUGGGAGAUGCUGCCAUACUGGAGAAUUACGAUCGACCGCGGAAGGUGAUCACUGCUGUCAUUCCACCGGGAUUCAGACAUAAUUUUGCUUCUGCCAAUGGGAUCUCAAAAAUGUCGACCUCAAUGUCGUUUUGCGAACGAUGCGAUUCCUGCGGAAGACCGAAGAUGACGCAAGGUCCAUGUUGUUGCCAAGGCGAUGGCUUCGCUCAACAAGGUAGCUUACGUAAUCGUUACGGGCUGAUCGUUGGCUCUCGGGCCAUGAUGGAACAAGCGAAUCAGCGUUCGAAUCCCGAUCAUUUCAAGCCUCAAUACGAUCCAAGAUUUUACGAUACCCCGCGUUUCAACCAGCCGUCAAAUAUCAUUCCUCAUCAACGAAUGGAUUUUUACAAUAAUCCACACCCGAGAUUUGUGCGACCAGCCGUUACGAGACUAGUUCGAUACGUUGGUCCUCCUCGUCCUGGUGCACGUUGUCCGAUGGUGUCCGCCAUUGCUGCGGAAUCUAUGCUCAACGGGGAGCAAAUGUACGCAAAUAUUCGGCCGAGUCGUCCAGCAUUUCCGAUUCCGCCGGCUGUUCGAGGUCCUGGAAUGGGGAAUUACGCAAAUUUGGAGUUCGCCGAAACGCUGGACUUGUAUGAGAACGUGAAGAAGGAAUCUGGUUUGCCAGUUUUACCGCCGCGGGCGCAUCCUCCUCUGCACUCUCAACAGGGAGCGAAUCAAGUCGAGUCACUGGUUCCAGAGAGAAAAACAUCCAUAGAACGAGAGGUAGUGAAUCCCGUCGGCGUGCGGGAUGAUUAUGUCCUCAUGGCUCCACUUGUUCGACAACGACCGCCGAGUUCGCAACCUGACAGUGAGUUGCCCAGUCCGGCCGGGUUCGCCAACUGCGACGAGAUCGUGGUCACUGCGGAAACGAGACCUUUGCCAGAAGCUGAAGUCAAGCUGGACGUGGCAGAGACGCCAGAAUAUGAAGUCACCUAUGUGUAUGCGUGUGCAACGAUGCCUCGCUGUGUAAAAUCUGAGGAAUUCCAAUGCUUGAGACGGGCGUUCAGCAUGCCGACGGAACUGUGGACUACUGGUGUCGGUGUGGCUGCGGGUGGUGACGAGUCACCGGCGCCCCUCGAGGCUGAUUCCAGUCUAGAGGACUCGGGCGUUUCUGGUGACACGCCAUCUGGAGAUGACCGGAGUUCCGGCGAGAUGAAAUCUGAUGACACUGUGGAACCUGUGACAAAAGGUGUUCGAGUGUUGGAAUUGGAUGAAGAACUGAAGGAUUCCAACGGGAUGGAGCGAGUCAACUAAAGCAAAAAAUGCUGAGGAAACUCAUGAACCCAACGAAGAUCUAGUCGACAAUGGAAUCUCCGUACUCCUCAAAGUGACAGAAAAAGCGAGCGGAAAUUCUCAAUGAAUUUUAAAAAAGAAAAAAAUGCGGAAACGUUUUGCAUUUUUAAAUAUCGGAACAAAGAAAGCCAUGACUCUUCACAUUUAUUCCAGACUUGGUGCCUCUUUUGCAUUCGAUGAGCUGUAAUCUUGAGAAUUCUUUCAAGGAAUUCUGCCUUUCAACGUCGUGUUUAACUCAGGAAACGAAACUUCUUACUUUUUCUACUGAAUGUCUUGCCAGAUUUUGAAGCCUCAUCUUCGCGGGUUUUUUUUUUACGUGUGUCCAGUAUGUGAGAGUAAUCAUGUCUAGGAAUACGAUUUACGAAUUUUGUUGAUGAGAGCUCGAGGGUCAUUACCACAUUUCCAGUGCUCACAUUGUCGGUUUUGGAUCUCUAACCUAUCAUACAUUCUUGCUGCUCAAUGUUCUUCCGAGAAUAUGCCAAAAAUAUGUCGUAAGAAUGCUUGGAAACGGUGUGUUCAUUGUAGUCCCGUGGUGUGCAGUCACAUCCCGUCGACCUUUUCAUGGUUUGUAAACGGAAUGGAAAUCAGCGGUCAAAGCUCCGAGUCAGCUCUCGUUUUUGUUUUGUUCUUUUCAUCGAUGAAAUUGCGAUAACAUUUUAUUGAUGCUUGUUUUUUUGCAUUGCCAAACAGUAUUGAUGUUUUUGAGUUUUCAGGAAUACAUUGAAUGUAUGCGUUUACUGUGAAUUACUAUGCUUCUGCGGGUUUAUUCUUUUUCUUCAGCUAAUCGGUUUUUACCAACGUCGGGAAAGUGUUAUCCUGCGAAAUCUCUUCUAGUGAAUCCUCC